UCAGGCACGUUCAUCUACCACAAUUACCGACAGGCGCUCAACAUCAUCACCGACGACGGUGAAGUCUUGGCGUCUCUAUCUGCGGAGCUGAGGGUCAGCCCUGCGGAUUUCGAGGAGUAUCUGAAGCAGGAGAGGGAGUACAUACAUAGCCGCAAGAACGAGCCACCUGAAGUCACUCGGAAGCUUGAAUACCUUGCUGCGCUGCAUCGCUUAGAGGAAGCAAGCUCAAAGCUGGUCACUGCCAACAACGAGCUACACAAGGUCGAGGCGAACAUCUCCGGGUAUACCACGAAAGAAGUCGCGCGUUUUCGAGGGAAUCGUACAAGAGCCGCCAAUCGUUACUUCGCCUCCGACGAUGACUGUCGGGCAUACGAGCGGGAAUUGCAGAUUGCCGAGCGGUGGUUACCUGGCAGCACUGAGUAUCAAGAAGUGUCCCAGCUCUGGACCCUGCGCGAGUAUCAAUGCUCACUUGAUGAACUCGAACGCCUUAUCGUCCAGCGAUUGUUCGAACUGACAAAGGCCGGAAUGAGCGGUACCGGUUAUAAGUUGCGCGAGAAGAUUUCUAAGGCGUUGAAGACGCGGGCCGAGGCAAUCAAGAAAGUGCUCAAGCGUUUGAACAUC